AUGGCUCAAAACAGACCCAAACAACAAGAAGUAGAAGAAGAUGAACAAGACGAUUUGAAGAAGCUUAUGAGCUCCUACCUUGGUCUGAGCUUGGGCAUUUUCUUGGCUUUAGCUCCAACCAAGUUCCAAGAGCUACAGACCCAAGUGAGCGAGCUCUCUGCGAGGCUAUGGCAAGCGGAAGAACAAGUGAGACAGAUGAGAUCGAGAAGAAAAGAGGACUCAAAAGCCAACGCGAGGGUUGUGGAGAUCUUCGCCAGCCACCGCAACGGUUGGCAGGCGGAGGAGAAGCGGCUGCUGAACCAGAUCGACGCGGCCCACCAAGAAAUUGCUCACCUCCAUGGAAGGAUUGUGGAGCUGGAGAAAACCCAGGACGAGUCGAGCGCUAGGAUUCAAGAUUUGGAGAGAGAGGUUGGGGAGAGGGACGACAUGAUUGGGUUCAUGGCCAGCAGAGGCGGUGAGGCUGAAGAAGACGACCACUUUGGCCUCCUCCAACCACAACAACAACAUCAAGUCAAGGAUGAUGUGAAUGUGUACGACAAUGCCAUUGCCUUUGGCUUUGAUUCCCACUUGGUGGCCGAUGCUUCCAAGCUCUGGCAGGAUGUACAGUAUGAAUCCCUUGAACCAUUGUAUCAUAUGAAGCAUUUUGUACCAAGGGAGUCCCCUUGGAAGCUAGAUGUUGAAUCGACCAGAGUAUCCUCUAAACUAAAAUUAUUUGAACAAGAAUUGCUAAAUUUGGAAAAUAUUGGAAACAGUGAUCUUUCCAAGGUACCUUCAUUGAUGAGGAAGCAGGCCAAGAGGUAUCAAGCUCUUGCAGGGAAGAUAGAUGAUCUGUGCAGAAGAAUGCAGGAUAGUGAUCCCUCUGAACCCACACUCAGUCCAGAGUUUCGUACGCAAAGACAAACAGAAUUUUUACUUGAAUCAUUUAGACUUCAGCAACGUGCAUCAGAAACCGCACAGAAGCUGAUGGCAGUACAAACAGAGAUUGGGAAGAGUUAUUAUGGGGGUGAGGUGGGGAACCAGGCCAAACUUACCACUCGACGGUCUUUGGAUUCCAUCAGAAACAACUUCAAAGAAAUCCAGAGAAAUUUGGAGAUAUGGUUGGCCAGAAUUAUUGGAGAUCUUGAAGGUAUUCUGGCCAGAGACGGUGCUUCUCGCUAUCCUGAUCCAAGCCAUAAGGGUGGCGGUUUGAUGUCCUCAAUCCACUUUGUUUAUAGUAGCAUCUGUAUCACUGACGGAUCUAGUAAGGCGCAAGGAGGUGCGGCUGCACCUCCCCUCGCCGGAAAAAUCAUUGUAGGUGCUUCAAAUUGCCCCUUUGCUCAAGUGUUUACAAUGUAA